GUUGCACCCAGGUUGUCUUAAUCCGGAGUCCGCAAAAGACUGCUAGGUUUCCCGUUUCAUGGUGGGAUCAUGUUGCUCCGGCUGAAUAAAAACUCUGAGCGGAAGUUUGCAAAACAGAUUUGCAAAGUUGUGUUGGAUCAUUUUGAAAAUCAAUAUUCUAAAGAACUUGGAGAUGCCUGGAAUACAGUAAGGGAUAUACUCACAUCUCCAUCCUGUUGGCAGUAUGCUGUCCUUCUUAACCGAUUCAAUCAUUCUUCUGAAUUGGAAAAGGAUUUACUUUUGAAGGGCUACCACACACUAUUUCAAGGGUCUUUGCCCUACUAUCCCAAAACAUUGAAGUGUUACUUGAGCCGAACUCCUAACCGACUGCCUUCAGAAAGGCACCAAGUGGGAAAUUUAAAAAGAUACUAUCUCCUGAAUGCUGCUUCUCUUCUUCCAGUACUGGCUCUGGAAUUAAGAGAUGGGGAAAAGGUUCUGGAUAUGUGUGCUGCUCCUGGAGGCAAAUCGAUAGCUCUAUUGCAGUGUGCUUAUCCAGGUUUUUUUCAUUGUAAUGAAUACAACAGUCUGAGAUUGAGGUGGUUGAGGCAGACCUUGGAAUCUUUCAUCCCACAAACUUUGAUAAAUGUAAUUAAAGUAUCUGAAUUGGAUGGCAGAGAAAUGGGAGAUGCACAGCCAGAAAUAUUUGACAAGGUGUUAGUUGAUGCUCCAUGUUCAAAUGACAGAAGUUGGUUGUUCUCUUCAGAUUCUCAGAAGGCAGCUUGUAGGAUAAACCAGAGGAGAAAUUUGCCUAUCCUGCAGGUAGAACUCUUAAGGUCUGCAAUCAAGGCAUUGCGUCCCGGAGGGUUAUUGGUGUACUCGACCUGUACACUUUCCAAGGCAGAAAAUGAGAAUGUGGUCAAUGAAAUUUUAAACACCUGUAAUAACGUAAUGCCUGUGGACAUCAGUGAAAUGGCAAAGACUUUCUCCCAAGACUUCUCUUUUGCUCCCAAUGGCCAAGAAUAUGGACUCUUAGUGAUUCCAGAUAAGGGCAAAGCUUGGGGUCCAAUGUAUGUAGCCAAAUUGAAAAAAUCAUCAACUGCAUGAAAAGAUGACAUGUUUUUGUUAAU